AAUGGCAAAUUCUUCGCCUCCUUCUCCUUCUCCCGAUUACUUGACUCUCAAUGAUAUCACUGUGUCUUCUCCAACCGAAAAUUUGGUUUUUUCUGAAUUUGAACAUUUAUCGAAAAUAUAUCCUGAAGUUUCCAUUCAGGCUAUAAGGGAUCCUCUCCUGUUUAGAUUACAACUUCUGGAAGAUCAACGUCGAUUAGCUAUACAAAAUCUAUUAGUGAAGGACGAUUGGCUUUUAGGUUCGGUUAAUCGUUAUUUUGCCGUUGAAAAGCAGAUGACAUUAGACAAAGUGCUACCUGUCUUAAUACAUUUGAAAGAAGAAGCGGAUAAAAUAGUCGUACCAGAUUUCAGCGAAUUCUUCGAUGGAAUAACACUAAUGAAAGAAGAAGAUUCGUCACCUAGUGAGAAAAAAAGAAUGAAAGUUAAAAAGCGUACAACGAUAUUGAAAGAAUGGUAUAACAGUCAUUCAGAAUAUCCUUAUCCAAAUCGAAAUGAAGUUUUGGAAUUAGCAAGAUUAACCGAUUCUUCUAAAGAGCAAGUAAAGAGAUGGUUUUCUAAUCACAGAAAUAGACAGAAUAGUAAUACUUCAAAAGUGAUAAAAGAAAGAAAACGUAAAUCUGCAGAUAACAACGAUGAAUCAAGUUCAAAAAGUUUUUUGGCUUUUGAGACUAUAAUGUCCCUUAACAAUAAAGAAAUCAAUCUAAAACCGCCAUCAGAUAACUCGAAUGAACGUUUAAUAUUACCGCCGUGUCUGGUUUGUGGAAUAGAAUCAACUGGACGUCAUUAUGGAACGUAUUCAUGCGAAGCGUGCAAGACUUUUUUCCGUCGAAGUAUACAAAAGCACAAAGAUUACAAGUGUCAAAACGGAAGGAGAAAUUGCAGUCCAACGCUAGAUUUUGCUUUUCCAUGCAGAUUAUGUAGAUAUAUAAGGUGCGUUUCAGCCGGAAUGUCUUUAAAGCACAUUAAACACGGACGAUAUUCAAAAGAAAAGCGUUUACUCGUGAAACAUCAAUUUACUGUAUUCCAAAAGAAGAAAUUACAAUUGCCUAGUCUGUUCGCGCAUACAGACACUGAUGAUUUGUUAGUUCGAUGUUGUUGCGCCUUGUCCAAGAUUCAAGAUAUUUAUUGGCCGUCAGAAAUUGAUAAUAUAUUUGAGCAAUACGAGAAAGCUUCGACGCUUCUGGCCGAAGGUACAUUCCCUAUGUCAAUGUAUAUGGAGGUGUUUGAAGCUACAGGAAUUGAAUUGGACAAUCGUAAAACUUUCUGGAAACUAAUAGAGAAAGUUAUGGAGGUGACUGGUAAACGUUGGUUAACAAUUGCAAGAAAUUUCCCCGGAAUAGCUCAAUUAAGCGACUUUGAGCUGAGACAACUGGUUCGCUUAAGAGUUGAUGAAAUAUAUAUUAUCCUUAUGACUUCUGGCCUACAUACAUGGAAAGACGUUGGUUUUGUGGCAAGGUUUAAUGAAAAAGAGUAUAUUUUAAAGAAGAACAGUAUUUCCGAUCUAACUGACGAAGUUUAUUCAUCAAUGCUAAGAGAGCUAUUGCUUUAUAUUGACGAUUUAAAAUUCACAUUUGAAGAGUUAACCUUAAUAUUAGCGUUAAAUCUUGUUUAUCCCGAUCCGAAUCAUCCUCAUUUCGAAAAAGGCUAUAGAAGGUCUCUAUACAGUUACGAUCAGAAUUUAAUUUGUCAAGGAACUGUUAUAAAUCUUGCAGCCCUAUUUGAUCCUGGAAUUAUUAGAUUCAAGGGAAAAUGGAUUCUUUUCCCUUUAGGAUUGCUAUGGGGGUACCGUGUACCGUAG